GGUUGCACCGGUGCAUUAGUUCCACACGCAUCGGUUCAACCGGUGAAGCUUCACCAGAGACCGAGUGUGUGCUGUUUGGCCAGUUGCACCGGCGUAUAGUAUUUUCGCAGCGUCGGUUAAACCGGUGUUCGGUGUUGUUGCUUUUACUGUCUCUCUGGACAACUGCACCGGCGCUUCGGACUUGUUUUCGUCGGUUCAACCGGUGCUUAGAAAAUCAUUUUGAGGCCGCUCUGGACAACUGCACCGACGUUGGAGUGUGAUUUUGUCAGAUCAUCCGGUGUAUUAUCGCCGGUUGAACCGACGCUUUGUUAAUCUCUACAUCGGAUCAACUGGUGCUCGUUCUUCUUUGCUGCCGGCUCUGUGACGUCGGUUGAACCGGUGAAGACUUUCUUCACACGUCGGUUUAACUGGUGUUCAUAUAUCGAGCCGAUUUUUGUGCUAUUCUUCGUGUUUGCUUCCGCGAUUGUUCUCGUUUGUUCUUAGGGUUGUUUUGUGUUAGUGUAGUUCCUUUAUAACUACUCUGCACUUCACCUAGGACUUUAGGGUUGGGUGCGCACUUGGGAUCUUAAGCCGAGCUUACGAUUGCGAUAAUUUUUGCGGCUCCCAUUCACCUCCCUCUGGUCGUCUUUUCGGUCCCUCAAAACCUAUGCUCGCUGCGUACCCUUGCUUCCUCACCCUUAUUCAGGAUGUCCUCUUCCUGCGCACAGAUCAUGCCAGGGACUACGUGGCAUGGAAAGUAGUCCAGCACAAGGCGGCGAAGAUGGUAAAAAAGAUGGCCUACGAGGUGCCCGAGCUUAAGGACAAGCUGCAUUUACCUCGCCGCCCGAACAACCUGUACCACGUCGUGUCCAUUGGAUCCAGCUUUCCUCGAAGGCGUGUCGUGAAGAACUUAGGCCGGCAACAAGCAACCGACAUUGCUCGAGUCUAUCUUCAGCUGAAGAAGAGACUGCCUUCUUCAAGUCAGGGUGAAAGUAAUGGUUUCUCAGCAAGUGAAUUAGAUGAGCCACUGAUUGCACUACUUGAGAAAGCUUUGCAUGCUGGUAGGUGUUACUUUCACCCUCAAUAUCCUCCUCCCGAUGGAGAAGAUUUUCCGCUCCUGCAGAUGCUAGAUAGGGAGAAGGUACAUUUGACUCCAUUAUCCAUCAACCCCCGUGCUGAAAAUUCAUCCAAACAAGGUGUUCCGCCCAUGCAGAUGCUAGCUAUGCCUCCAUUCGUGCUCAAAUCCUCCAGUGGUCAAGUACAUCAAUUCCAACAUUCACCCAAACAAGAUGCACUGCAGAGUUCUGCUGCUGUGGCCUUUGCAGAAACAACUAAGUCAGCCAUGAAGCUUAUGAGCUCUCAGGAGUCUCCACAAGAUGCUGCUCGUCCAGGGACCAGGGAAUAUUUAAAUGGGCCGCAAACAACUAAUCUUUCGUGAAGUCUGGAGCGCAGGCAAGGAAACAGUGUACCGACCCCGUGGCGUGGCCUGUGACUAAUGGUGGCUUCGGCGUUGCACUGACCUCAGCUGAAGAGACCUUUUAUUACCCUAGUCGAAGUAGCUUUAUUAUCUAAAAAAACAGAGGAUCUUAAGUAAUGUUUGAAAUUAGGAAGUACUUGCGUAGCGGUGACCCUUGGAGUCUUGGACAACUCGAAUGAAUCUGUCGGAAUCUUGUUAUUGAGCUACUCCAUUAUUCAACGCACUUUUAAG